ACUUCGUAAAAUCAGUGUAGUUCGUUGCCUCGUCGUGAGCGGUUGUCUGCCUUCUAUAUAGAGACCCAAUUGCGACUUAGUGUUCCUCUCUUACCAGAGUUGGUAACACGAAAUAUACGUAAAUCUAAACGAGAAAACCCGUCGAACGCCUAACAACAACUUGAAGCGUGCAGUCAAAGCGAACCAUUGGAUUAUCGCGCACGUUUCCCUAAACAAUCAGCAACAAAUUUUUAACAAACAAAAAAAAAAACACCAAACAAACCAAGUUUUAUUUUUAUAAACACACAUGUUUUAGUUUAAAGCAAAUGUGACAAAAAAAAAACAUACAAAAUUGGCUAUACUGAAAAAUAUAUUUUGUCAAAAAGUGAAACAGUGAGAAAACUCAAACACAAAACACACGAAAAAACAAAAAACCAAACACUUUUUAAGUUCUGUUUAUCAAAAGAUUUGAUCUGCUGAAAACUAGAAAUUGUUGCCAAACAAUCUUCAAAGACAAACAAUAGCACUAUGGAAAACUGAAAAAAAAAAUAAACCCAAAACGAAAACUCUGAAAAGAAUCGUAAGAAAUCAGCAGCCGAGAGAGCAGCAAACUGAAAGAUAGAAAAGCAGAAAAAGAUACAAAGAACCGAAGAUGCAGCGAAACAUGAUGAUCGCAUUUGUGGGCAUCUGGUGCAUUUUGGCCAGCAUCGGAGUAGAGCCUGCGGCUGGUUUGGCCAAUUGCCCGCCCGGUUGUCAGUGCGAUGAUAAUACCCUGGUGGUGCAAUGUGGCGAGGGCCAGCUGGACGUGCUGCCCAUUGCCCUGAAUCCAUCCAUCCAGCGACUGGUGAUUAAGAGUAACAAAAUCAAGACCAUUGACUCGUCCAUCCAGUUCUACGCUGAGCUGACCUUCCUUGAUCUGUCCUCCAAUCAUCUGAUGACCAUCCCGCAGCGCACCUUCGCCUACCAGAAGAAGCUGCAGGAGGUGCAUCUGAACCACAAUAAGAUUGGCCAGAUCAGCAAUAAGACCUUCAUUGGUCUGUCGGCAGUGACUGUCCUGAAUCUGCGUGGUAACCAAAUCUCCGAACUCCACCAGGGCACCUUUACACCACUACUGAAAAUCGAGGAGUUGAAUCUGGGCGAGAACCGCAUUGGCUAUUUGGACCCCAAGGCUUUUGAUGGUCUUUCCCAGCUGCGCAUUCUCUAUUUGGAUGAUAAUGCCCUGACCAGCGUCCCAGAUCCCGUCAUCUUCCAGGCCAUGCCCAGUCUGGCUGAACUCUUCCUCGGCAUGAACACUCUGCAGAGUAUCCAGGCUGGUGCCUUCCAGGAUCUGAAGGGUCUUACGCGUCUGGAGCUCAAGGGUGCCAGUCUGCGCAACAUCUCCCAUGACAGCUUCCUGGGAUUGCAGGAGCUGCGUAUCCUCGAUCUUUCCGACAAUCGCCUGGACCGUAUCCCAUCCGUGGGUCUCAGCAAACUGGUUCGCUUGGAGCAGCUGUCCCUGGGCCAAAAUGACUUUGAGGUGAUCAGCGAAGGUGCCUUCACUGGCUUGAAGCAACUUAAACGCCUGGAGGUGAACGGAGCUCUGAAACUGAAGCGUGUGAUGACCGGAGCCUUUAGCGAUAAUGGCAAUCUGGAGUAUCUGAAUCUCUCGUCGAACAAAAUGCUAGUGGAAGUGCAAGAAGGAGCUCUUAGUGGUCUGCCCCAUUUGAAGCAUGUGGUUCUGAAGGCCAAUGCUCUGACUUCCUUGGCUGAGGGCUUGUUCCCCUGGAAGGAUCUUCAAACUUUGGACCUCUCUGAGAACCCCUUAUCCUGCGAUUGCCGAGUAAUGUGGCUGCACAAUCUGCUGGUGGCCAAGAAUGCCAGCCAGGAUGAUGUUUCCGAACUGAUUUGUGAGUUCCCCGAACGUCUGCGUGGCGAAUCCUUGCGUCAUUUGAAUCCAGCCUUGAUGGGCUGCUCCCAUGCCGAUCCCCGCAAGCAGGCCUUGAUUGGAGCUCUCCUUGUUGGAUCCGCUGCCACCAUUACCGCCAUGGCUCUGGUCCUGUACCGUUGCCGUCAUAAGAUCCGUGAGACCAUCAAGGGCGGUCUGUGGGGCAACUCGGCUUUGGGUCGCAAGGAACGGGAAUACCAGAAGACCUUCUGCGAUGAGGACUACAUGUCGCGUCACCAGCAUCAUCCCUGCUCCCUGGGCAUUCACUCUACAUUCCCCAACACCUACACGGCCCCUCAUCAUCCCGGAACAACACAUCAUUAUGGAAUGUGCCCAAUGCCCAUUAAUGACCUGGGCGCCGUCGAUCCUCAGCAGAAGUUCCAGCAAUUGGCCGUGCCCACUGCCACCAUGGUCAGUGAGAAGAAGUUGAAUAACAAUAAGUCUAUGGCAUCCCAAGGAGUCAUCGAUGACAGUGCCUCCUUUGUGCUGCACAUGAAGUCGGCCACCAUGGGACGAGAUGUCCAUCAGCAGAAUCCCCAACUCAAUCACUAUACCAAGCCGCAGUUCCUUUCGGCCACGGCAACAGUGGGUGACUCGUGCUACUCGUAUGCGGAUGUGCCCAUGGUUCAUGGUGUCCCAUUGACUGCCACAAAUCAGCCGCAACUGCGACUGACUCAGGAGCACUUCAAGCAGCGUGAGAUGUACGACCAGGAGAUGAAUAGCGAGAUCCUGGAUCAUAACUACAUCUACAGUAAUACCCAUUACUCGAUGCCGCUGGAGCAACUAGGUCGCAGCAAGACACCCACACCGCCACCCAUGCCACCAGCAUUGCCCCUAAGGAAUGGACUGUGUGCCACCACUGGCCGUAGAUCCUUUCAGCAAAAGUCCGCCUCCCAGAAGCAGCAACAGCAGCAGCAGAACAACAAUACCCUGCGUCAGUUCACGCACUGAUCCUCAACCUAUCGACGCAGGCAACUAAGCAUCUAUGCUUAGUAGACCGCUGCCCAACACUGUGAUGCCAAAAUCCCCACUCCUUCUCCUAUCCCUCCCCCACCAAACACACUUAGCUUUUAGUCUAGGAUUAAGGAAAACAUUGUAGUAGCUGUAAUAAUAAUAGAAAACUUAGGCAUUAAGUCAAUGAAAAUCUUGCCUUGUAAAUACUUAACUUUAAAGCACUCUUUCGAAGACCUAAAGAACACUGAAGGAUCUCCUAUCAGCACUUUGCCAACACUACUGUUUUCCCCUCGUCCCCCACCUACGAGCAUAAGUUAAUCAUAGCCAUUAAAAUUAAAUUGUAAAUGAUUAUACGAGUUUAGAUAAACUAAAGACAACAAAGCACUGAGAGUCAUUGUAAGCUUAAUUUUAAAUUAUUUAAUUUAUUGUUAAAUGCAAAAUCGAAUCAAAUGCAAACAAACUAUUUAUGUAUUAGUUAGAACAAGAAAUUUAUGCAAAUUUAAGCGAAAAACAACAACAAAAUAUCAAACGCAAAAAAUGAAAAAUGAAAACAUGAAAAACUGAGAAAUAUAAAUAUAAACGCAAUGA